AUGGAGGAUAGUCGGAGGAAUGUCCUCCUUGGGAUUACUGGAAGUGUAGCUGCUAUGAAGGGCGUGGAACUGAUAUCGUGCCUAAUGCAGUCAAACUUCGAUGUUCAGGUUGUUAUCACAACAAACGCUUGUAAUUUUCUCGACAAAUCGCUGAUUGAAGUCCCAGUCUACACUGAUGUUGAUGAAUACACGUAUUGGGGGAAGCGAGGCGAUCCUGUGCUUCAUAUACAGUUAAGAGACUGGGCUGAUAUUCUUCUCAUCGCUCCUCUUUCCGCAAAUACGCUGGCCAAGAUCGCUAGUGGACUUUGUGAUAACCUUCUUACGUGCAUUGCUCGUGCAUGGCACUCCACCGGGACGACACCAAAUAAACCAAAGAAACCGGCUAUCUUUGCUCCCGCAAUGAAUACUUUUAUGUGGGAGAAUCCCUUGACUUCUAUCCAAGUAGACAUCCUCUGCAAAACACUAAAUUGGACUAUGAUUGAACCCAUACAGAAGACUUUGAUGUGCGGCGACUUUGGAAAAGGAGCCAUGGAGGAGCCCCAUCGGAUAGUUGAAUUCGUACAGAAUUUGAAACUUUGA